CAGAACUAUCAGGGGUAGCUAGUAAAUAUGACCGACUGUGAUGACAUGCCCUUUGAAGAACAAAUGGCUAAGUUUUCCUAUUACUAUGUUGUAAUUGGAGUCGGAGCACUACUAUGUGCUUACGUUCAGGUUUCCUUUUGGGUUCUGACUUCAGCAAGGCAGACGAAAAGACUCCGAAAGAUAUUUUUGCAUACUUUACUGAGAAAAGAGAUUGGCUGGUUUGAUGUUAACCCAGCUGGACAACUCAACACACGUCUAACAGCUGACAUCAACAAAAUCAAUGAGGGAACUGGUGAUAAGAUUGGACUUUUGUUCCAGUACAUCGCAACUUUUGCAGGAGGCAUAAUAAUUGGUUUUGCAAAAGGAUGGAAGCUGACUCUGGUAAUUCUGGCCGCCAGCCCCCUCCUUGCAUUAUCAGCUAUGCUGUGGUCUAAGCUCACAGUCUCAUUCACCAACCUAGAGAUGACAGCUUAUGCAAAAGCUGGAGCGGUUGCAGAAGAAGUGUUGGGGGCAAUCCAAACAGUGGUGGCCUUUGGAGGGCAAAAGAAAGAAAUUGAAAGAUACCAUAGGAAUUUAGGGGAAGCAAAGAAAAUUGGUAUAAAGAAGGCUACUACUGCCAAUCUGUCUACUGGGUUUGCCUACUUUAUGAUACUUGGAUCUUACGCAAUUGGAUUUUGGUAUGGAACCACUUUGGUUCUUGAGAACUCAGGAUACAGUAUUGGAAUAGUACUUACUAUAUUUUUCUGUGUCACCUUUGGAACAUUUUCUAUUGGCCAAACAACACCUUACAUUGAAGCAUUUUCUAAUGCCAGAGGAGCUGCAUUUGAAAUCUAUAAAAUACUAAAUGAGAAAUCUGCCAUAGAUGGUUUCUCAGAAGGAUAUAAGCCUGAUCAAAUUAAGGGAACAGUGGAAUUUAAGAAUGUGCAUUUUAACUAUCCUUCACGAGCUGAUGUAAAGAUUUUAAAAGGUCUAAAUUUGAAGAUUGAUAGUGGGCAGACAGUAGCUCUCGUGGGAAGCAGCGGCUGUGGAAAAAGUACCACUAUUCAGUUACUACAGAGAUUUUAUGAGCUCCAGGAAGGCAUGAUUACAGUUGAUGGCCAUGAUAUACAGUCACUAAAUAUCAGGCAUUUUCGAAAGUUCAUUGGUGUGGUCAGCCAAGAGCCUGUACUUUUUGCUACAACAAUUGUUGAAAACAUACGAUUUGGACGUGAAGAUGUUACGGAUACAGAAAUUGAGACAGCUACUAAAGAAGCAAACGCUUAUGAUUUUAUUAUGAAACUUCCUGAUAAAUUCAACACCCUUGUUGGGCAGAGAGGUACACAACUGAGUGGAGGACAGAAACAGAGGAUUGCAAUUGCCCGGGCUCUCGUGCGUAACCCUAAGAUUCUCCUGUUAGAUGAAGCCACUUCUGCCCUUGACACAGAGAGUGAAGCUCUGGUUCAAGCAGCAUUGGAUAAGGCACGUAAAGGGCGUACUACAAUCUUGAUUGCUCAUCGCCUAUCCACAAUCAGGACUGCAGACAUGAUCGCAAGCUUUCAAGAUGGUGUUUUAGUGGAACAAGGGACACACACAGAACUGAUGCAGAAAAAUGGAGUUUAUCACUCACUUGUAUUGGCACAGACAUUUAAAAGUACAGAGGAAGAAGAAAAAAGAACAGAAAAUGGAACAGAGCAGGAUGGGCCUGAACAUUUUCUCCACAAGCACACGUUAUCCAACAAAUCAAGUACUAGAAGCACUGCUCAGAUUGAAAGCAAAGUGGAAGAAAAUAAGGCAGAGGAAGAAAAACUCCGAAACAUUUCAUUUCUAAAACUUUUCAAGCUGAAUAAGUCGGAAUGGCCAUACAUUUCUUUGGGAAUCUUAGGUGCGAUUAUCAAUGGAGCAAUUCACCCUACCUUUUGCAUUAUAUUUGCAAAGAUUAUUAGUAUCUUCACUGAAACCAAUACAGAAGUGAUCAGGCAACAAGCAAAUCUUUAUUCCAUCUUGUUCUUUGCUAUGGGUGUAAUUUCCUUUGUUACAUAUUUCUUACAAGGAUUUAUGUUUGGAAAAGCUGGAGAAACCCUCACUCAGAAACUGAGAUAUAUGGCCUUCAAGGCAAUGCUACGUCAGGAGGUUGCUUGGUUUGAUGAUAAGAAAAACAGCACUGGAGCUCUGACUACAAGACUGGCUACAGAGGCAUCACAAAUCCAAACAACUGUAGGUUUAAGACUAGGACUAAUAGCACAAAACGUUGCAAGCAUGGGAGCUGCAGUUAUUAUUUCAUUCAUAUAUGGAUGGCAGAUGAGCUUAUUGGUCCUAGCAAUAGUGCCCAUUCUUGUUUUAGCUGGAGUGGUUGAAAUGAAAUCCCUAACAGGAUACACAAGUCGUGACAGAAAAGAGCUGGAAGCAGCUGGAAAGAUAGCAACAGAAGCUGUGGAAAAUAUCCGUACUGUUGUUUCUCUGACUGCAGAACCAAUGUUUGAAAAGAUGUAUGAUGAAAAUCUAGAGCUGCCAUACAGAAACGCUAAAAAGAAAUCCCAGGUCUAUGGUAGUGCUUUUGCACUGAGCCAGGCUAUCCAAUACUUUAGCUAUGCAGUAAGUUUUCGAUUUGGUGCAUACCUGAUAUCAAUAAAAGCAAUGGAUGUAGAAAGCGUUUUCCUUGUUUUUAAUGCUAUUGUAUAUGGUGCUUUGGAAAUUGGACAAAGCAGUACUUUUGCUCCUGAUUAUGCAAAGGCAAAAGUUGCUGUAAUGAACCUGUUUGCACUCUUCGAGAGAGUGCCACCUAUAGACAGCUACAGCACCGAAGGGCUGACACUGGACAAAUUUAAUGGUGAAUUGAAGUUCUCCAACGUUCACUUCUGGUAUCAGACUCGUCCAGAUGUAUCAGUGCUCAAAAAGCUGUCAAUCAAGGUUGGAAAUGCACAAACCUUAGCACUAGUCGGCAGCAGUGGAUGUGGUAAAAGUACUUCAGUCCAGCUCGUAGAAAGAUUCUAUGAUCCACAGGAAGGAGAGGUGCUUCUAGAUGGAAUUGAUGUCAGAAAGAUCAACAUCCAAUGGCUUCGAUCUCAAAUUGGAAUUGUAUCCCAGGAGCCGGUGCUCUUCAAUUGUAGCAUCGCUGAGAAUAUUGCCUAUGGUGCCAACAGCAGGACUGUGUCACAGGCAGAAAUUGAGAAGGCAGCAAAAGCAGCAAAUGCUCACUCAUUUAUCGAACAACUUCCUGAGAAAUACAACACCAGAGUUGGGGAAAAAGGGGCUCAGCUUUCUGGUGGACAAAAGCAACAAGUGGCUAUCGCACGAGCCCUCAUAAGGGAGCCAAAAAUUCUGCUCUUAGAUGAGGCAACAUCUGCACUUGAUACAGAGAGUGAAAAGAUUGUUCAGGAGGCUCUUGACAAAGCAAGGGAAGGAAGGACCUGUGUUGUAAUAGCUCACCGUCUGACGACCAUACAGAAUUCAGAUAUAAUAGCUGUUAUUGACAAUGGAAAAGUAAUAGAACAAGGUACCCACAAGCUGCUGCUAGCAAAACAUGGGGCUUACUAUAAUCUAGUAAAUGCCCAGGCUUUUCUAUAAAAUUGUGUCUUUAUUUUGUAUCUAGUAAUGAUUUUAAGUGUGCUCUGAUGGAAAAAUGGGGUAAAUUUUGGGAGUUAGCUUUUCAUCUGACUGUCAAGUGCACCAAAGCUCGGAGGUGUGAAAUCACUGCAAGGAAGCAGGUUCAUGCUAGUUUGAAUUCACGACAGGUGCCACAUCUUAAAGGUGCUCGGGAACUCUUGAAUGUCUGCAGUCAUCAUACUUUUCUAAAUAUCAGUGGGGGCAGGAUGAGGUCCUUAAGUGGCCAUUAAUUGACCACUUAAGAGCCUCAAAAGGCCCAUGGGUGGGAAGACUGUCCAACACCUCUCCAGCCUCUCCCAUAAAAUUUCAGACAGAUCAGCAUAAAUGGCAGGAAGGCCAUCCUCUGGAUUUUACAUGCCCCACCCCACCCAACCUUCAAACCUACCGGCAAAGGAGAGUAAAAUCCAGUCCCUCACAUUACCAAGGUAACAGUUGCAUUCCGUAUGUGAGUCAAGAAACGUUUUGAUGUAGUCAUUUAGCAUGUUCCCUAAAAGGUUGUACCUGCAUAUAUAUCCAAUCAAAUACGUGACUCCUACAAACAUAUGAACAAGAAGCAGGAAUAGCCCAUCCUGCCCCUCGAGCUUGCUCCGCCAUUUAAUAGGAUCACGGCUGAUCUGAUGGUAACCUGAAAUUUGCAUCCCACCUACCCCCGAUAAUCUA